AUGGCGACGGGUGCCAUUUCCACGGAGUCAAAGAAAAUAGCCGAUUUAAGAGUUGUUGAUCUCAAAUCUGAGCUCAAACAAAGGAAUUUGGACACUUCUGGUGUAAAGAGCGUUCUUCUCGCAAGAUUGCGACAGACUCUUGAGGAUGAAGAUGGUGACACAGAAAAUAUCCAAAUCCAGUUUUCAACUGACGCAUCAAAUUGGAAAAGUGGGAAAACGAAAGGGAAAAAAGUGGAUUCAGAUGCAGACACGGCAGGGGAGGAAGAUGUGCUCUUCGAGGAGACUGAGGAAAAUGAAUCUGAAAAAGAUGUAACUGAUACAGAUGAUGGUACUCGUGAAAAGUCUAAGCCUGCGCCCUGUGAGGACAGCCUUGCUCAGCCUGAGGCUGAGACACUGGCUGAGGCUGAACCAGAGUCAGAAGCUGUGGUGGCUGAGGCUGAGCCCGAGAUGGAUGCUGAGCCAGAGCCCGAGAUGGAUGCAGAGCCCGAGAUGGAUGCUGAGCCAGAGCCCGAGAUGGAUGCUGAGCCAGAGCCCGAGAUGGAUGCUGAGUCUGAGGCCGAGGUAGAUCCUGAGUCUGACGCCGACCCAGAGGUGGAUGAUGAUGAUGCCGACCCAGAGGUGGAUGAUGAUGAUGCCAACCCAGAGGUAGAUGAUGAUGCCGAUCCAGAGGUAGAUGAUGAUGACGACGAUGACGUCGACCCAGAGGUGGAAGAUGAAGACUCCGACCCAGAGAUGGAUGGGGAUGAUGAGCCAGGGCUGAAGAUCAAACUGUCUGAGAGUGAUACUGAAACGCUGAAUUCCUCUAAAGAAGCUGAUGACGAUCACCUAUCGGUCUCAAUCCCAAAUGAGGAUGCCAUCACCCUAGAUGUUGAUGGUGAUGAUCUCCUGGAAACAGGUAAACAUCUGAAACUUCCAUAUCCAGAGGCCGAGAAGGGCACUGAUGAGCCAAUGGCCUCUGCUGAGACGGUCCCAGAUGAUGACAUGAUGAUGGAAGACCGCGGCCACAAAGAUGGUAAGAAAGACGAUGGCUCCAGGAGUGAUCCCACGAAGAAAGACGGCAGAGAGGCCCUGAAGAAAGCUGAAAUGGGAGACAAGGAUUCUGGGAAGAAAGGCCUCUUCACUACUGGGGCAUCAGGUCAAGCAAAGAGCUCUUCAAGAGACGGAGAUGGAAAAGCUACAAAAGAUGAAAAGGCAGCCGUCUGCAGUAGCGGCAACAGCAGCUGUUCUCGCAACAUAUGGGUGAGCGGCCUGUCUUCAAACACCAAAGCAGCUGUCCUGAAGAACCUGUUUGGCAAAUAUGGAAAGGUGUUGAGUGCCAAGGUGGUUACAAAUGCUCGCAGUCCUGGGUCAAAGUGCUAUGGCUUGGUGACGAUGUCUUCCAGUACGGAGGUGACCCGGUGCCUCUGCCACCUCGACUGUACAGAGCUCCACGGACAGAAGAUCUAUGUUGAACGGGCCAAAAAUGAUCCGUUCAAAAAAGAAGGCUCAAAGAAGGAUGCUGAGGACAGAGCAAGUUCCAUCAAAUCAAGUGAUAAGCGCAGUUCUACGGCCAACAAAGCACAGCCAUCUUACAAAAAAGAAGAUAAGAAGUUGGAUAAACUCUCAGAAAAGGCCAAAGAUUUUUCCAAGAAACAGGAAUUAAAAAGUGGAAAAUCUGAGUCCGUUUCAUCCAACUUGGGGCCAGAUUCUUUGAAGAAAGAUGAUAGAAAGCAUGGAAGGAUGAAGAGUCCAGGCAAGAUGGUCAUUUUACAUCAUCCCAAAGGAGACUCUAAUUUUGGCAAAAUGAGACCUUUUAGAAGUGGACGGUAUUUUGACAAACCGGAUACCUUUUUUCCCAAGCCCUUCGUCAACAUGAAUAUUCAAAGGAGGCCCAAAUGGUUGAUUCCUCCUGAAGAGUUAGAGAUGAUAAGAGUCAAACAGCGACCUUUUAUUAACACGGGCGAAGACAUCCUGCCUUUUGAAAAGAUGAAGGAGCAAAGGAUGCUUGAGCGGGUGGCUCGCGUGGACCGCGCUCGUAGAGCCGUGGAGCUGCGCAGGCGGCGCGAAAUUGCCGAACAAGAACGCAGGGAGCGCGAGGGCAACCGUCUGUUCCAGGAGCGUGAAGAACGGGAGAACCUGCUCCGGGAGCGCCAUCGACUUGAGAUGCAGAGACAAAAACUGGAGCGGGAGCGCUUGGAGAGGGAGCGGCUGGAGAGAGAGAGAAUCCGUAUCGAGCAGGAGCGACGUAAAGAGGCAGAGCGUAUGACACGUGAACGCGAGGAGCAGCGGAGGCAUCAAGCGCAGUUCCAUUUUGAGCAAGAAAAGAGAAACAACCUCAAAAGGGGACGUGACGUGGAACAUGGCCGGAGAGAUGAUUCUUAUUGGAACGGCAACAAGAAGAUGCAGUCGGAGUCUGAUGGCCGACUGAACCAAGGCUCAAACUACAACCGACAGCAGAACCGCUUCUCCAACUUCAGCCCCAGAGAGAGUCGCUUUCCAGAUGCUGCUGCUGAGCCGCCCAACACGUACGACAGACGUAACCGGUUUGACGGUGAGCCCGAGGUAAAGAAGAGCCGCCCGGCCCCUCACAGAGAGAGCUCUGGCUUCGAGCGCUACCCUAAGAGCUUUGAAACGGUCCGCAGAACUGAGCCGCCACCUCCUCCACGCAACGAACUCCGAGACACUGACCGCAGGGUCCGAGACGAGAGGCAGCCCGGGCCCGAUCGCCCGAUGGGAGCCAGAGCUCUGAUGCCUGGCAUGUCGCACAACCGCUCACCCAGGGACGGAGGGAAUGCAUGGAAGAACGAUGGCGGCAUGAACUCCAACAAGGGAGAUAUACGAGGACCCAUGCGCAUGCGUGCAGAGCGGUCGGGCAGAGACGGUCCAGGCCCGGAACUGAGAGGAGGCACCUCGGCCAACCGUGGAAGGAGCAGCUUUAGCGAUCGGGACGGAGGGAGACCCAUGGGGAUGAGUGAUCAGCCGUUCAGCGCCGGCCGCCAGGUCGUGGUGGAGCGUCACGGCCGGGACCAGGGCCCGAGGAAGGAGUGGCACGGUGGCUCCGGCUCCCAGGGCUCCGGCUUCGCUGAUAAUCGCCGCAUGGGAGGCAGCCGGGGCCGCACGAUGGCUCCUUCCAGUCACUCCUCGUCCGGAAUGAACCGGAUUGUACAGAUCACCAACAGCUCCGUCCCCAGUGGCGGCGGCGGCAACGCGGGGUUCAAGCCCUUCAAAGGAACGCAGCGGCAGUUUUAGCUGCAUCCAAAUUCGGACACUUCAAACCACCUGAAAAUGUAAAGACUUUUCUGAACUUAUUUUUAGAAUAUCGGCUGUUUAUAGGUGGCACAUUUGUAGCCAUGAGCUUGAUAACACACUUUUAUUUUGUAUAGGAAAGCGUUGAACUUGAUGGAGGGUGUUCUCCACAGUCCUGCUGUUGCCAUUGGAAAAACCCUGUGCAUAUGUUUGACUUACAAUUUAGGAAGAUAUUGUGCAGCCCCAGGCCUUCGUAACACGUUUCCAAGUGAUGUUAUGAGCUUCUCCUCUGAGUGUCGUAUGUAUAUUUUCAAUAGCAUAGUGUCACACUCACUAGUCCUGUAUAAUGUUUAAGUUUAGUGUGUUAAGGAGUGCAUUAAAUGUCAGGGUUCAUUCGCUCAUUUGGAUUUUUUUCUCUGUGGAAACUGAUGACAGGAUGGAGUAUUUUUAUUUGUAUUUCUUUUUGAAAAGUCAUACUUUGUGUGGAUGUCUUUGUUUUGAGAAAGGUAGUUGGGUUUGCUAAAACGUAGUCAAACUGAACUCUCCUGCAUUGUAGCAUAAACCGCCACAUGCCACGAGUCGAGUCUCAUGUUCCUGAAGUACAGUUAGACAUUAGAAUCCGUUACUGCAGCGUUCAGUGGUGUGUGAGUCCCUGAAAGGACCCUCGCACUUAAUUAGAUUGCCGUAUUGUUAUUUCAAGUGUUCUGCAAAUACAAUUAUUCAAAUGUCAAUUUAGGAAGGUUUAUUUUUUUCAGUCAGUAAUUUCAGAAGAUAGGCUUUUGGGACACUGGCUACCAAAUUGUGACGAGAGUGGGAAGUACGCUCAGAAAGAUUUGGCACAACGCAUGAAAUCCGCAUGUUGACUGAAACUACGAAAGGUUAAAACUUUAGUUCCAUAUUGCGUUUUCACCCGUUUGAGUCAUAUGUUUUCAUUUAAUAUAGGAAAUGUUAAUUUUUCCUUUUUUGCCGUUGGCCCAGCACAUCCAGGUCUGCGCUGCAUGUGUCAUCACGCAUCAUUUAACCUGUCGCUGAAGCUUGAUUAAAUGAAAGGAAACUGAUGAGCAGAAUGAUAUUC